AUGAAAUUUCAACUUAAGAUUUUGGCCGGCUACUUUGUGUUAGUGGGCUCUCACGCUCAAGGAACUCCAAUGGAUUCUUUCGCUCGAAAUGGAAAGUACAUCAGAGAUGGUGGCUGGCAAGCGUUAGAAUCAUCACUUUCAGUCUUGUAUGCCUCCCAGAGAUCAGCUGCAUCUGUUUCUGCUUUACGUGCAACUGCCGCUCCAGUAGGUGAAUCUACUUUGUCAGAUGGGGCUCCUUUAUUAAGGUCGAGUGAUACUCAGGAAGUUGGACCAAAUUCAAUUGCUUCUGAAACUACUAUUACAUUAUCCCCAGUCACCCCUGAACUUCCACAAGCUAGUUCGAAUGCUCUAACCAUAAGUCUGCCUUUCGAACAAGAAACCGUCCCAGCAACAGAAACUCAGACUACAGCGACUUCCUUGUCAUUCAGUGACCCACCUUUUUCCGAAAUACCAUCUUCAGCAGUACAGAUAAAUUCCAAACCUGGUGCUUCGUCUAUUACUUUAAGCUCUGCCUCGAUUGAAACCGUGCAAGAAAGUUUUGGGUACUACAAUACUGUUCCAAUCUUUACAACAAUCUGCGCUUUCAUACUUUCGUAUUUUCAUUAA